AUGAUUGGUGAUUUAAGUAGUGUAAGUGACACCAAUGAUGAAAAAGAUGAAGAACUUCCAGUAAAUUUACUGAUACAACUAUUUGGUGCUGAAAAUUUGGACAACACAAAAGAACCACCAGCGCUACACAAAAAACUAGUAAUUUUAGGUGUUCUCUUGGAAGCUUUGAAAAGUACACUGGAAGUACCAAACUUACAAUAA